GGGGCCUCGUCCCUCCCAUCCCUCUGCCCCUGGGGCAAAGACACAGGAGGAGGGACCUGUCACCCACAGUGUCCCUUGGCUCUCCGUCCCGCUGGGCACCGCCAGGGCAGCCAUGUGUGCCCUGCACUGGAUCACAGCCUGGGCACUCCUGCUCCACGGCUGUGCCGCAGGGCGGGUGCCUCAGGCUCCUUCCACCAGGAAUGACAUCCGGGACUGCUCCACGGACCCACCGUACCUGCCACCCACGGCCACCAACACGACGGCGCGGCUGGCGGCACUGCGGGACACCAUGCGGGACCACGGCGUCCACGCCUACAUCGUGCCCUCCACGGAUGCCCACAUGAGCGAGUACAUCUCCAAGCGGGAUGCCCGGCUGGGCUGGCUCACCGGCUUCACCGGCUCCGCAGGCACCAGCGUGGUGACAAAGGACAAGGCUGCCCUGUGGACUGACAGCCGCUACUGGACCCAGGCAGAGCGCGAGCUGGACUGCAACUGGGAGCUGCAGAGGACGACCUGGAUCGAGUCCAUUGUGAUGUGGAUCCUGGAGGCGGUUCCUGUAGGGGGGAACAUCAGCUUGGAUCCCUUCCUCUUCUCCAUCGCCACCUGGAAGAGCUACAGCCAGGCUCUGUACGGCUCCGGCCGGACUCUGCUCCCCCUCGAGACCAACCUCGUGGAUCAGGUGUGGGGUGACCAGAGACCCCCUCCCUCCUCCAGCGAGAUCUACAGCCUCCCAGCAGCGUUCACAGGGAGCAGCUGGCAGGAGAAGGUUGCCGGGAUCCGGCAGCAGAUGGAGCAGCACGUGCGACGCCCGAUGGCCGUGCUGCUGUCGGGGCUGGAGGAGACAGCCUGGCUCUUCAACCUCCGUGGAGAUGACAUCCCCUACAACCCCGUCUUCUACUCCUACACCCUCCUGACCAACACUGACAUAAGCCUGUUCGUGGAGGAGUCCCGGCUGUCGGCGGCGGCGCGGGAGUCCCUGCGCUCCGGCUGCCCGGGGCCGCUGUGCGUGGAGCUGCGGGAGUACGGGCAGGUGAGCGACCACCUGCGCAACUACACCCGCGGCAACGUCACCGUGUGGCUGGGCACCGAGUACACCACCUACGGCCUCUACGGCAUCGUCCCCCAGGAAAAGCUGCUGGAGGAGAGCUACUCGCCUGUCAUGACAGCCAAGGCUGUGAAAAACGCCCGGGAGCAGGAGCUGCUGCGAGCCGCCCACGUCCGGGACGCCGUGGCCGUCAUCCAGUACCUGCUGUGGCUGGAGAAGAUGGUCCCGCAGGGGGGGGUGAAUGAGUUUUCAGGAGCUCAGCAUAUCGAUGCCCUCCGCAGGGCCCAGCAGCACAGCCACGGGCCCAGCUUCCAGUCCAUCUCGGCCAGCGGGCUCAACGCGGCGCUGGCCCACUACAGUCCCGCCAACGGGAGCAGCCGGACACUGUCGGCGGGCGAGAUGUACCUCUUUGACACCGGAGGGCAGUAUCUGGAUGGGACAACAGACAUCACUCGGACAGUGCAUUGGGGUCAGCCCACCCCACUCCAGAAGGAAGCCUACACCCGUGUGCUGAUGGGCAACAUCGACCUCUCCCGCCUCGUCUUCCCAUCCAACACAGCAGGGAGAACGGUGGAGUCCUUUGCACGCCGGGCACUCUGGGAUGUUGGACUCAACUACGGCCAUGGGACCGGCCACGGCAUCGGCAACUUCCUCUCCGUCCACGAGUGGCCUGUGGGCUUCCAGUCCAACAACGUGCCACUGUCAUCCGGCAUGUUCACCUCCAUCGAGCCUGGAUACUACCGGGACGGUGAGUUCGGGAUCCGCAUUGAGGACGUCGCCCUCGUGGUGGAGGCGCAGACCAAGCACCAGAGCGAGCCUUUCCUGACCUUCGAGGUGGUGUCCCUAGUGCCCUACGACCGCAACCUCAUCGACCUCAGCCUCAUGUCCCCAGAGCAGAUCCAGUACCUAAACUCCUACUACAAGAGGAUCCGUGAGCGUGUGGGGCCAGAGCUGCAGCGGCAGCAGCUGGAGGAGGCGUACAAAUGGCUGCAGGAGAGCACCAAGCCCUUCCCGGUGGGCAGCGCCGUCACCACCACUGCCACCACGGCCGUGCUGGCCCUCACCUCGCUGCUCUCCGUGGUGCUCAGCGGGCUGCAGGCCUGAUCCUGCACCCACGGUCCCCCCACCCCCUCCUGCCGCAGCUGGUUCUUCCCCUGUGCUCACUUCCUUUUUUUUUUUUUUUGUUGUUUUCUAUUUGCUCGUUUUUGAUUAAACAUGAGCAACGCGGGCAGGGGCUGUGUCCUGCUCU